AUGGAGCAAGUCGAGGUGAUGCCAGACACCGCCAAAGAAGGCGCCUGGGCGGUGCGGGUCCACCGAAACGGCGAAAUGCAGGAGCUGGCGUCAGUCAGCAUCGAGCCAGUAGCCCAGACCCUGGUGCCCGCUCCCAUGACUGUGGUGCAGCACAUUGCCGACGUCCUGCUCAUCAAGCUGGCGCUGGAUGCCGGGUCGCCGCCGCUGGCACAGCUGCGCUUGCACCUCCCGCUGGCCGAGUAUGAGGGCAUGCUGGAAGAGAUUCGGUCGGAGAGCUUGGAGGCCAUCAUGGAUGCCAUGGCUGUGGUGGUGGAGGAUGAUGAGGAGGGCGGGCAGGCGGAGGCCGACGGCAACGCGGAGGCGCCCGGCAGCGCCGCCGCGACCGACGGCGGCAGCGCCGUGGCGGGGCUGCGGCCCGCGGCGGGCGGGGAGCUGGAGGUCCUGGCUGGCGAGGGAGCAGGCGAAGGUGGGGCCCCCGUGGCAAUAAAGCAGGAGGCGGCCUCCGAUCAGACGGACGUGGCGCUCCAGCUGGCGCCGGCAGCCAACGAGCAGGCGCAUGCGCCGCCGGCCGCACAGCAGGAGCAGCAACAGGAUCAGGAGCAGCAGCCAAAGCAGGAGCAGCAGCUAAAGCAGGAGCAGCAGCCAAAGCAGGAGCAGCAGCUAAAGCAGGAGCAGCAGGAGCAGGAGCCUCCGCCGCCGCCGCCGCCGCCGCCGCCGCCGCCGCAGCAGCCGUCCCCACGGCAGCAAGAGCAGCACACGGCAGCAACGAGCCGGCGGCGGCAGCCCGCCUCCUCAUCACCCCCAUCCAGCGGCCAGCCGGGCGGGGAGGAGCAGAAGCAGGAGCAGGCGCAGGUGCAGGCGGCGGCGGCGGCGGCGGCGGCGGCGGCGGUGGCGGUGCGUGUGAAUGACAAGAGGGAUGAGCUGUUGGCGCGGCGGUUGCAGCUGGAGCUGGUGCCCUCCUCCCGCAACUGGUCCGGCAUGCCCGCAGCGCGGCGCCAGCAGCAGCAGCCCGAGGGCGGCGAGGCGGCGGUGGAUGGCGGCGGCAGGGGCUCGGAAGGGGCGCCCGCCGGGCAGCAGGCGCACGCGCAGGCGCAGGCGCAGGCGCGGGAGGCGGCGCUGCCCGAGUUUCAGGGCGUGGUGCGGAAGGAGGGGGAGGUUUUGCGCUGGCUGGCCGCCAUCACCGCCCCGUUGGAUGGAGAGGGGGAGCCGGCGGUGGCGGGCAAGCGGUGGAGCGGCACCGUGUGCGACUGCGGCAGCCCGGAGGAGGCGGCGGUGGCUCGGGACCUGGGCCUGAUCUGGCGGGAGCAGCGGCUGGGCUUCCUUCGAGCCGACCUGGCCUGGCAGCCUGAGGAGCACAACUUUGAGAGGGAGGGCUACCUCGCCUGGGUGGACGUGACUCCCACCUUGCCCCGGUGCCGCACCGUGUCGGACCUACGCGUGGUGCUUUCCUCCCUGCGAGACGGCGGCACCCUGGCUGAGCUGGCGGCCAGCCUGGAGCGCAACCCGCUCAGCCUGGCCAUCCCGCCGCCGCCGCCCGAACCACUGACCGAGGCCUCCAGCGGGCGGUACCGCUGGGUGCACAGCGUGCAUGGCCACUCGCCCAGGGCGCCCUGGCGCGCGACACUGGCGCUGCGCCAGGGAGGCAUCAGGUCGGUGGGAAGCUUCCCGACGGUGGCGCAGGCGGCGGCGGCCACUGACAUGGCGGUGAUCUGGCGGGAGGCGCGGCAUGGGCAGCAGGGGGAUGUGGAGCGGCAGCAGUACAACUUUCCGCUGGACGGGUACCGAGGCGUGGAGCUGGUGUGGAGCAGGCUGGUGGCGGCAGACAACGAGCGGGACCUGCGCAUCCUCUUCAGGAAGCUGCGCGACUGCGGCUUCCUGGAGCGCAUCGUGAGGCAGCAGCGCGGGCAGCCGCCGCAGCAGCAGGGAGAGCCUGCCCUCGAGGGGGCGGCGACGGCGCCCUCCGCUGCCGCCGCCGCCGCGGAGCAGCCCCACAAGAAGCGCGGCAGGCCGGCCAGCGGGGCCGCCACGGCGGCCGCGCGCCUGGCGGAGCGCGCAGCCAGCAGCGUGGGCGCCAGCUCGGCUGCGGCUGCGGCGGCAGCGGCGACAGCUGCGGCUGCGCUGCCGGAUGCGCCUGCCGGCAAGCGCAGCAGGGCCUCGGCGCUGCGCUCCGGCUCCCCGGCCGCGCAGGCAGCUGCUGGCAUGCCCGCAGCCAAGCGAGGCAGCCCGGCGUCUGCUGCGCCCGCGGCUGGCGCCAGCCCCGAGUCUCCCGACCUCGUGCCCCUGCUGGCCGCGCUGAGCCAGGCGGCCAGGACGCCAGGCGGGCGGCAGGCAGGCCUGAGCGUGGAGCUUGCGGCGACGUACCUGCCCGCGCUGCAGGCCCGCAGCGUGGGCCAGCAGCGCCAGCAGCUGUCCUGCCUGCAGCUGCUGCUGGGCGAGCGCGAGUAUGGCGGCGUGGCGGCCAUGCUGCGGGCGGCCGUCAAGAUGGCACGCCUGGACUGA